GUGGCCGCCAGGGAGCAGCGAGAAUGGACCAACCGCGAAGAGGUGCCUGGCACGCAUGACGGCCAACCAUCUGGACUUCAGCCGUACACUAUGCAUCGGUGACUGAACGGGAUGCGCAUUGCACUCUUGUCAUGCAUGGAAAUGGGAUGAGCUACGACGAUGCAGCUGUUUGCCACGCGCUGCUGUGCGACGACGCCGGUAUGAGGGUCGUACAGCGAGCGUGCUUGAUGACUGACCUGCCACCCGCGCGCGGGGUUUGACGACGUCGAGAUGCAUCCUCCAACCUCCUCGAACAUCAUCAUCUAACCCUCUUGGCCAUCGUCACUAAAGCAUCAUGGCGUCCGAUUUCAUCGCCAAUAUGGCGCUCGAGAUGGCUUCCGCUCCCCCCACGACAUCACCGUCCGCCCUCCCCUCCUCGACAACCUCCCCGACCUCCUCCUCCUCCUCCCCCUCGAUCCAGAACUUCCGCCCCCGCGCCGCCAUCCUCGGCGCCGGCAUCUCGGGCCUCUCCGCCUCCAUUUCCCUCCGCCGAGCGGGUUGGUCGUGCACCAUCUUCGAGCGCUCGCUCUUUUCCAACGAGACCGGCGCCGCCAUCACUUUGCCUCCCAACGCCAGCUUAUGUCUCUCGCGAUGGGGCUUCGAUUUCAACAAGGCAGAGCCGGUGCCGAAUUGGAGUAUUCGAUUUGCGAGGGCGGAUACGUUGGAGGUUGUCAAGUCGGAGGAAUAUAAAGGGUUUGGGGAGGAUUUGGGAGUGGGAGGUGAAAAGGGCCAUGGAGGGUCUUGGGGCGUUCAUAGGGCGGAUUUACAUUGGGGGUUGAGGGAGUUGGUUGGGGCGCAGAGGAUAAAGGGGGCGAUAUCUAGAAGUAAAGAAAAGACGAGGGAAACGGAGGGGAAAGUAGAUGCGGAGCGUGGAAGAAAAGGGAUGAUUGAUGGAGGACCGGUCAAAAUUGAAUUGGGAAGAGAAGUAGUGGGAUUGAACUGCGAAGAAGGGGUGAUCGAGUUCAGGGAUGAAACAAAACUGGAGGGAUGGGAUCUAGUGGUUGUUGCUGACGGUGCUCACUCCAAACUCCUCCCGUCCAUCCUGCCACCUUCCUCGACACCAUCCUCGUACCUAGCACGACCAACCAGCCGCUCAAUCUACCGCUUCCUCCUCCCCCUCACCCCUUCCUCCCCGCUCCUCACUAACCCUUCUCUGCGCCCGCACUUUCUUCCUCACAAUCAAGGCGGCCCCCUCCCCGGCUUUUUGUCAUGGCACGACCCCAUUCGUGAUGUACUUUGGGUCUCUUACCCCUGCCGCGGCGGACGCGUGCUCAACAACGCUAUCGUGCAUGACACGCCGCCGCAACCUAGUGGUGAGGCGGGGGAGUCGUCACCACCGGGUCGGGGUUGGUCAACGGCGGUGGGGAGGGAGGAGGUACUAAAGGUUCUGAGCGGAUUUAAUGGGGCGGUGAGGGCCUUGGUCGAUUUGGCUUUUGGGGAGGAAGGAGAGAAAGAGGAGGACAAUGGAAGGGGGACAGGCGAGGAAGGCAUCAAAGUCCACCACCUGUUCAAAAGACCCGCCUUGAACUCCUUCGUCCGCGGCAAAGCAGUGGUGAUAGGUGACGCGGCGCACGUCAUGAUGCCCACGCAUGCAGCCGGCGGAGCCAUUGCCAUCGAGUCCGCCGCCACGAUAGAAGUCCUCUUUCGCGACUUCCCCUCUGAUCCUCCGCAGCUUGAAGAAUUCGUCAAGCGUCGUCUGCAGCUAUUUGAUCAGCUACGUAUCCCGAGGUGUAACUUGACCAUGUUGGCGUCCAAUGCUGGGCCCAAGUGGUUGAACGUCGAAGGCGUGGAGGAAGAGGCGAGGAGGUAUUACAAGGGGCCGUUGCCGCACAAGGAUACAUUGCCGUGGACCUACGAGUUUAGGCAAGUGUUGUUUUGUUAUGAUGCGUUUGAGGCGGCGGAGGAGGCGGUUAGGAAGGAGGAGGAGGCCGUCGGUGCGGCUUCCCGUUCUGAGGCAAUGGGCUCGGAGCUGAAGGCUGGGAACAUGUGA